CUCACGCCCCUGGUUUGCAAUCUCACAAACGUUUCUCUCCCCAGCAGUAAUUACGGCGCUCUGGGGAGAGACGAGUUUGGAAAGUUUGGAAACUUAUGGGCGUGACGUUUCAGUCACUUCAAAAACACACAGACACUCACAAACUGGGAGGGGAGGAACUUAGGAAAAAAACUUCGGCUGAAAAUGGCUUCCUUUCCUUUGGAGCCUGCAGCCCAGAAAGAGAGUCCUUCCGCAGAGGCAGCCGCCGCGGACCCCGGGAGCCCCCCAGACGAGGCGGCGGGGUCGCUGGACGAGGCCUCGGAGCGGCUGCUGCAGACUCUGCAGAGCUCCUCCGGGCUGAGUUUCUCCGCGGAGCAGGUUUCGUGCGUCUGCGAGGCGCUGCUGCAAGCGGGCAAUGUGGAGCGCCUGGGCCGGUUCCUCUCCGCCGUCCCCCUCUCCGAGGAGCUGCUACGUGGCAACGAGACUCUGCUCAAGGCCCGGGCGCUGGUGGCUUUCCACCAGGAGGAGUUCAAGGAGCUGUACGCGCUCCUGGAAAGCCACCCCUUCCAGGCAGCCAACCACGCGUUUCUCCAGGACCUGUUCCUGCGAGCCCGCUACAAGGAGGCAGAAAGGUCCCGGGGCCGGUCCCUGGGCGCCGUGGACAAGUACCGUCUCCGCAAGAAGUACCCCCUGCCCAAAACCAUCUGGGACGGCGAGGAGACGGUGUACUGCUUCAAGGAGAGGUCCCGCAACGCGCUCAAGGAUUGCUACAAGAGCAACAGGUACCCGACCCCGGACGAGAAGCGCAACCUGGCCAGAGUCACCGGGCUGUCCCUCACGCAGGUCAGCAACUGGUUCAAGAACCGGCGGCAGCGGGACCGCACGCCCUCGGGGGCCACCAGCAAAAGCGAGUCGGACGGCAAUCCCAGCACAGAGGACGAGUCCAGCCGGGGGGCGGAGGAGCUCCCAACACUCCCAGUGCUCCAGGCCAGCGCGGGCCACAUCCUGCUGAACGGGGGCCUCCUGGGGCCUGGGACCCAGCCGCUUGUUCUGAACGGGGGUCCGGGGGGUGUGAUCAUCAACGGGUUGACCCUGGCAGAGGGGCAGACCCUCACCCUCAGCCCCGUCGACAACCCCCUGCUGCUGAACAGAGCCAGGCAGCCUGAGGCAGAGCCUCCCCUGCCCACGCUCCUGCUCACCGCCGGGGAGGGCAAGGGCACCUUCUUCAGGGAGCACAGCCCCGCGGGCCUCCAGAACGGAGGACACCCCAAGAUAGAAGUGCUACAGACGGGCAUGCAGAGCCCCACCCCCCCCUCCUGCUCCUCCUCCUCCUCCCCCUCCCCUCCCAGCACCCUGACUGUCACCCCUACCUUCCACAGCCCAGCUGGGGAGCUCAAACCUCUGACCCCCUGUCCCUCCGCCCAGCUCCCCCAGUCCAGCCAGGUAGUGCCGCUGCCCUCUCAGGUGAACCCCCAUGGUCUGCUGUCCCUCCCGCAGGUAGUCCCCUCAAUCCAGGGUAUCCCCGUCUCCCAGCUCCCCCCCUCAUCCUCAUCCUCCUCUCCCUCCCCCUGCCCCCAGAUUGUCCCGGCAGACCCAGUCAGCCCUGCGCUCCUCGCCCAGCCCCAGAGCUUCCAUCUCACUGCGGGUCUCCCAGGUGAGCAGGAAGCCCCCCCUACUCCCCUCCUGGGACCCCCCCAGACCAUCCACACCCUCCAGACACUGCCACAGACCCCCUCGCAGAUCGUCCCCCUCUCCCUGCCCACUCUCUUCUCCUCCACCCCCUCUACCCCCCUCUCCCUGCCUCCUCUCUCCUCCUCCCCCUCUACUACCCUCUCCCUGCCUGCUCUCUCCUCUUCUACCUCCCCCUCUACUCCCCUCUUCCUGCCCCAGGUGGUGCCCUGCUCCCAGGCUGUCUCUCUCUCCUCCCCUGCUGGCACUCUGCAGAUCCUGGCCAGCGCUCCCAGCACUCCCAGUCCUCUCCAGUUACCCGGUGGAGCCUCUGCUGGGGUGCAGCUCAUUAACCCAGGCCUGUUCCAGCUGCCCUCUGGGGCUCAAGGUAACCUCCUCCUGAGUAAUCCAGCAGGGGGCAGCACCUUCCUGACAGGCGUGUCCUUCCAGCCUGGCAAGCUCAUCCUGACUGCCACCUUCCCCGCUGGCAUGCUGCUCCCCUCCACUGCCCUGCCCCUCAAACAGGAGCCCAGCUCCGGGGGUCUCCUCCUCACCCCGGUCCUCUCCCCGAGCUCAGCCCCGGUCUCUGGGGUGAUCUCUCUGACUCCCUCCUCCUCUUACUCCAGCCCCACCUCCUCUGUCUCGGCGUUUCAGACAGACGGCUCCGUCACCUUCAUAAACUCUGCCAGCCUGUAUCCUUCCGGAGCUCCCUGCACGCUCCCCCCUCCCAGCCCUGCCGCUGGACUUGGAGCUCCCCUCACCCCAGUAAGCACCAGCAGCCACCACCACCACCUCCCAGUCUCGAACUCUCAGCUCCCCCAGGUAGUAUGGAGCCUGCCCAGCUCUUCCCCCUCCUCCCAGCUGCCCCAGGUAGUGUGGAGCCUGCCCAGCUCUUCCCCCUCCUCCCAGCUCCCCCAGGUAGUGUGGAGCAUGCCCAGCUCUUCCCCCUGCUCCCAGCUGCCCCAGGUAGUGUGGAGCCUGCCCAGCUCUCCCCCCUCCUCCCAGCCUGGCGCUGCUGCUCUGUUGGAGCUGAGGAAGGGGGAUCACUUGGGUGAGGGUGAGGGAGAGCCCAGGGGUCUGCUGAGCCUGGCCGGGGGGGAGGAUCUACUCCUGGGGGGCAGGGCGGGGGGCGGGGGUGCAGAGGAGCCUGAAGACAUGGAGUGUGAUGCCAAGGUGCUGACUCAGCUGCAGCCUGUCCCCGUCGACGUGGAUCUGGGGCUGUAGGAGGGAGGCGUCUCCACCCAGACUGGACUGUAUCUGGGGUUAGCUGACUCUUUGAAGUGCAGUUUCCAUUGAGAGGGUCCCUGGGGUGGGGACUGAACAGAUAUUCCUUCGUCAGGAGAUUGGCGAGUUCUUCAGUUACUGUGCUCAAUGGGAGUGCAGUCCGGAAUAACAUUGGAUAAACUCCAGGCAGACCUGGGUAUGUGAACUAAAGAAACGCCUCUAUGGUGAUGGGAUUGUAAUCCAGAUUAAGCGUGAGUAUCUGAGAUGAACGGGAACAGCCAGCACUAGUGCUGUACAAACCGAUUAAUAGGAUGAAGCUCUCCAAUGAAAUCAGGUGCUGACAGUUAGGUGAGGGUCACUGGUGUCAAUCGGGCUCAUACCAUUCAGAGGGAAGAAACAGCUGCUUGGGUUUGUGAUGAUCGCUGCUUUUCUUACUCUGUGGAGAACAGAAAUCCACACAGACCCAAGCAGCUGUUUCUUCACUCGUUUCACUUGGAAUGGUAAAUUAGCCCGAUCAACACCAGCGACCCUCGCCUGUAGAAAUCGAUCUCAGUAAUCCAACAAUCUGUUCAUGCAGCACUAGCCACAACACUGUACGUGACUAUUGUAAAGGACCUGGCCAUGCGAACUGAAGAGGAUGCAUCCUGUACGGAUUUGAUUCCUGAUUUACGGCGUUUAAUCUGAGAUUAACAAAACCUGUUUCACUAGAGUCUCCAUCUCCGCAGACCUGGGUAACAAUCCAAAGAGCACAGAUUUACUGUGUGCAUCUCAAGUGAGUAAAACCUUUUCACUACAGUCCCUUCCAAAAGGACAUAUAAACUGGACAGCGGGGAGCUGAGCAGAGUAGGAGCUGCCACCACACUAUAAAGGACAGCCUCCAUUGAAAAGGAUCAUGGGAGUAUAAAUGAAAGAUGUUUCUUUACACAGUACGAUUAUGAGAUUAGCAUCAGAUGAUCUGAGAUUAGAAAAGCCUGUUUCACUACAGUCUCCAUCUCUGCAGAUAUGGGUUGUAAUCUAGUCCGCAUCGCGAUGGGAUUUUAAUCUGGGUUAACAGCGAGUAUACGAGAUUAGCAAGGCCUCUUUGAAAGGGACCUGGUAUAUAAAAUAAAAAUGAUUUAUCAUGUAUGGGUUUAGAGAGGAUAAUCUGAGAUUAGAAAAACCUGUUUCACUACAGUCCCAUUGAAAAGGACCUGGAAGCAUAAACUGGAGAGGAGUGGUUGUCUAUCCGGAUGGACAGUGAAUAUGAGUGAGCGCUGCUGCCACAGGACAGUCUCCAUUGACAAAGGUCCCUUUCAAUAGAUAUGAGCUAAAGAGGUCCCUUUACACAAUAGGAUUACGGUCCGGAUUAACAUUGGAUAAUAUGGGAUUAGCACUACAGAGCCCACCUGUGACAAUCUGGGGUUUAACCCAGUCCAGAUUAACAGUGGGUACUCGCUGGACUCCCCCACUACUACUCAGAGCCCUUGCUUUUUUUGCUCACAAAAUAUGUUGAUGCCCCUGAACAGAUACUCGACCCCUCUUCAGAUUCACGCAAGAUAUUUUAAUGAGCGAGCAAGACGGCUAGCAUACCGUCCCACAAGGUGAUUGGGACGUUUCCGAUUCAUUUUACUCACGGCAAGCGUCCAGCGGGACACGGUCUCACUGCAUUGAUUGAUUGAAUCUCCCAUUUAAAGGAGUCUCUGUCUUUGUGUCUGUCCGUGUGUGUGUGUGGCUGCUGUCAGUUGCAAAGCGUUUGUUGACUAACCAUGGAAAAGUCUGUUAUGCAAAUUACAUUAGAGAAGCAGACUGAGUGUGUGUGUGUGUGUGUGUGUGUGUGUCCGUGCUCAGUGUGUUUUCACAGUUCAGUUCUUGGUCACAGUGGGCAAACUUGGAGAUUUAGUACGGAGCUGGGUACUAAGUUGCAGACUAGCUAAUACGGUACUAUCUCAGGAUCAUCCCCAGCUGCUUUAUAAUUUAGUACCAAUUGCAAUGAAGAAAUAUGGAACAAAGUGGGGACAAGCUGAUCCCCAGCUAUGGUACAGAGCUCAGGGUUAAGGUCUUUAUUGUAGUUUGCUACCAAACAGGAACUGAAGGGGGGGGCUCAGCUAAUUAUAUUUUAAGAGUGUUUGUUAUCUUUACGAGAUCAAAAUCUUUUUUUUUUUUUAAGAAACUGAACAUCUUAAUUAUUGUUUUUUAAUUAACAUUUGAUGUACAGAAAUGUCUACACACGAAUGUAAAUACUAAGGCUGAAUUGCAUAAGAAUAUUUUCCCAUUUUCUUAAACCAAAUUCACAUGUAUAAUCUAAUUUUCCUAAACCACCAUCAGAAUUAAUGAAGCUGCGUUAGAGGAUAAACAGAACUUAUAAAAGCUUAAUUUCUCAGUAUAUCCAUACAAAGGUAAUCAUGGCCAGUAGUUGUGUGCAAAAUUAUACAAUAGAGCAACAACCUUUAUUCAUAGAGUGUGUAAAAGAUCUCAUUGAAACUGUGGAGGACGACUGAAAGGGUUCCACAGCAAUUCUGCAGGCAGCGCACGCUGCGUGGAGCACACCUGCAAGCAGGUUUGAUGCUGUCUUCCCUGAGAGGCGACCAGGUACAGCAGCACAUUAAAUACUGUGGAAGAGGCUGACCGCAGAGACACUGGAAAGUCAUACAGGAAUUAUAUAUUUUAUAAAACAGGCCUACGUUAAGUUGGCUAAGGAUGAAACUGGUUUUGUUGCAAACGUUUUCGUUGUGGUUUUUUUUUUCCGAAGAUUUCAAAUAAUUUCAUAUCAUGUUUAGUUAUGAAUAGCUCAGUUUCAUAAAGUUGGCAGUACAUUUUGGGAUUUUUCAUAUUUGUUCCAGUUCGUACGACAGCACAAGUCUUUAGCCUCCAGAAAUUGCUGGACUAACUUAGUAACGAGUUUUAAAGCCUGGUCACACGGGUGACUCUCGACAGCAACAAGAGGAACAUGUUUGUUUCCCGCGUGUUGCCUUUCAGUUGGAGGUGGUCACACGCGAGACAAGCUGGCAACACACAGAGAGCAACGCAAUGCAACCCAAUCACAAUGCACGCUUUUGACAUGAGACGUAGACAUGCUGUGGAGGAAUACUACAAUAUUAAAAUGUACUAAUUACAUUAACAAACCUGUAGUUCCUUCUUAAUUAAAUACAAAAUGUGUACAUUAGUAGAAUUAUAUAGUUAGUAGGUCUACAUAUUUAAUAUGCCAAACCUAAUAAAUAUAUUGGUAUCAUUAUCCUAAACAAGGUUUUCCAGAGCAUGAUAGCAGACCUGAUAUUUUUUAAAUUUUCUCCAUUUCGUUUGCUGUUAAAAUGAAAGAUGUUAUGAUAGGGGGUUAAUGUAGGAAUGACAGCCAUGCUGCAUACAUGGCAAAUUAACUUAAAAUAAAACAUUUUAAAGAAUGUGGUACACAGAUUUUAUUAUUGUAAGAAUUUUAUUCAUGCUUAAAUGUGUUAUUGUAGUCGUGGACAUGAACAUUCGCUUAUCCACACACACACUGUACCGUCGGCGCUGCUUUAUCGGGACGACUCGAGAGAAGGAAAAAUCUCCCAAAUAAACGGCUGUCCCAGUUAGAGAGAGGCAGUUGAGACAACCCGAGUCACACUUUUCAUUCUUAAUGACAAGAAUGAAAUCACAUCGCAUUAUGAUUACAUAUUAAAUACAUCCUUUAAAAUAUGAGUCUGUUUUUUUAAAAUCCUAAACAAAAUUAAUCACACCUGCGAUGUUAACAGCAGCCUGAGAAACCACAGAGACUCUAGCACCUUCUUCAAGAGUUCAGCGUGGUUUACACAAUUUACACAAGUCACAGUGUAGUCACGUACUCACUGCACUGUGCUACACGAACCUGUGUUGCUCUGAAAAGCAAUCUCCCUUCAUCUUUUGAAAAUACUGUAUCCCAAUUAAACAAAGUGACGUCACAAUUAAACAACAUAAAUAGCAUAUGUAUAGCUUACAUAUAAUUAAUUGGAUGACAUGCAGGAAUGGGAAUGUAUCAAAUCUGCUGUCUGUCUGACUUAGACGCUGUCUAUAUCUUUAUUAUCAUGUGACACUACUAUCAAAUAUGAUUGGCUGGUAUUGAAAAUGUCGCCUGAAAAAACAUCGUCCUAAAGUGGGAGCCGCAUCGCAGGGGUGUUGCCCAGGGUGGUCACACCAAGUGACAAACCGGCAGCAUCUGUCCCCCAUUUUAUUUAGUCGCCCGUGUGACCAGGCCUUUAGUAUCCUAGAGGUUAGUAGCGGUUACUUUGGGUUCGUUGCAAUUGAGAAAGUUUAAUACCCAGCUGGGGACUCUUGAGCUGCUUAGUUCGUUGCAAUUGGUAUUAACUUGCGUACUGGUUUAGUUCCAUCCUCCCUACUAACCACGGGAUCAUCCCCAGAUAGGACACUCCUUUUAGUCUGUUGCAAUUGACCCAGUGAUUCAAUCCUGCUCUCCUUUAUCCUGCCCGUCUCUCUCAGCUGUCCACACGUUUACUGCAAUAGGACUUGAGAGGAGCAAACACUACCUGUAAAUAUCAACAGCACUCUAUGCAAAGACACUUCCAACUAGCUUUCUAUGGAUUUUUGUAUUCAAAUUAUUAUUAUUAUUAUUAUUAUUAUUAUUAUUAUUCUGUUUGUAAGUGAAACUGAAUAUUCCUGUAAAUACCAGUGCCUUCCACACCCCCUGUCCCAUGAAGUGGGGUGCACUGUUUACUCUCUGUUAUGUUUCCAUAAAGAAAGGGGGAUGAUGGGGAGGAAGAGGUGGGGGUCAAACGAAUUCAUUUCAAACAGAGGCUGGACCAAGGCUUUCAAAUCCACAGAUCCCUGGAAUUCACUACUUUGUUUUAUUUACAUUUCUAUUGGGGAGAAAAUGGGGAUCAAUUUGAUUGAUAAUCCAUAGCCCUGGAUUUUAUGUUUAAUCGAGAGCAAUUAAAAAAAAAAAAAAAAAAAAAAA